AUGAUUCAUAAAAAACAAAUGCAGCACUUCAAAGUCUCUGCCACUGCCUAUGUUUUUCUUUUCUUUGCUCUAAUUAUAGCUACAACAACAACUCAAGCAGCUACAGAUCUAUCUUACAUUCAAAAUUACUGUCCAAAUACAACCACUUUUUCUCCAAACACAACCUACCAAACAAACCUCAACAAGCUUCUUUCUCUGCUUACAUCAAAUUCCACCAACAAAAAUGGCUUCUAUUACACCACCGUCGGCCAAAACAACCCCGGAAACACCGUAUACGGUGCCUUCCUCUGCCGUGGAGAUCUCACAACAAAAGAUUGCCAAGACUGCGUUUCCGUAGCAUCCAAUCAAAUCCUUCAAAACUGUCCUACAGAAAAAGAAUCAGUUAUCUGGUUAUCUGAAUGCAUGAUACGUUACUCAAACAUUGCUUUCUUCAGCAUAGCUGCAGAAGUUCCUGUACAAACCCUCUGGAACACUGCAAGUGUGACGGAGCAAAACCGGUUCAUGCAACUAUUAGCUGAUACAAUGAACGCUGCAACGGCAGAGGCGGUGAAUGGUGGAGGUGACAAAAAGUUCGGAACUAAAAAAACAAAUUUUACUGGCUUUCAGACUUUGCAUACACUUGCACAGUGUACACCGGAUUUGUCAAAGUCAGGAUGUGAAAAAUGCCUUACAAUAGCAACUACUGCAUUACCCUCUUGCUGUAAUGGACAACAAGGUGCAAGAGUGCUUAUUCCUAGUUGUAAUAUUAGGUACGAGCUUUAUCCGUUUUAUCAUGAGUCGAAUGUUCCUGCUCCUGCAGAACCAAGGCCAAGUCCACAAGAUACUGUCGAAGGAAAAAAAUCCAGGAACUCGGUUGUGAUCAUUAUUGCAAUAGUAUCUCCGAUCGUGAUUAUCUUAUUGCUUACACUGUUAGUCCUAUGGAUCAUUUCUGAAAAGAAAAGAAGAAAAUUCAAUCCAGUGUCUGUGCCAGUGCCUGAAGAAAGCGUUGAAAUCUCGAGAGUAGAAUUCUUGCAAUUUGAUUUUGAUACGAUCGUAGCGGCCACAAACAACUUCCGUGAUGACAAUAAAUUGGGGGAAGGAGGAUUUGGCGAGGUUUACAAGGGUAUGUUAUUUAAUGGACAAGAGAUUGCUGUGAAGAGGCUAUCAAGAAGUUCUGGUCAAGGCAUAGACGAAUUCAAGAACGAGGUAGUUUUGGUAGCAAAACUACAACACCGAAAUCUUGUUAGGAUUCUUGGUUUUUGCUUGGACGGGGAAGAGAAGAUGCUCGUUUACGAAUUCAUGCCGAACAAAAGUCUAGACUAUUUUCUAUUUGAUCCUGAAAAAGCACAUCAGAUAAAUUGGCCUAGACGAUACAAGAUAAUAGAGGGAAUUGCACGAGGAACACUUUAUCUUCAUGAAGAUUCUCGACUUCGAAUCAUACAUCGUGAUCUUAAAGCUAGUAAUAUAUUAUUAGACGAGAAUAUGGAUCCUAAAAUUGCUGAUUUUGGGAUGGCAAGAAUUUUUGGCGUUGAUCAAACCCGAGGAAUCACAAAUAGAGUUGUUGGAACAUUCGGUUACAUGUCUCCAGAAUAUGCAAUGCAUGGAGAGUUUUCUAUCAAAACAGACGUGUAUAGCUUUGGUGUCCUUGUUCUCGAGAUAAUAACAGGAAAGAAGAUAACGUCCUUCCGCAAAUCAGGCUACACCGAGGACCUCUUAAGCUAUGUUUGGAAAAAAUGGAAUGAUGGGACACCAAUGGAGUUACUUGACAUGACAUUGAGAGAUUCGUACUCAAGAGUUGAAGUAACAAGAUGCAUCCAUGUUGGGUUAUGUUGUGUUCAAGAAGAUCCAGAACAAAGACCAUCCAUGCAGACAAUAGUUUUAUUGUUGAGUAGCAAUUCUGUUACUCUUGAACAACCUCAACGACCAGCAGGUUAUUGCACAAAAGAUUUUAAUCUUAAAGAGCAAAUUUGA